GACACAAGCUCAAGCAAAGGCCUAAUGUGUCAUGGACCAAUGGACUCACACUAGCAGGACAAUGACUGCUGGACACAUAAUGAGAUGGCUGGACAAGAAUCUCUGAAAGGACAUAUUUAUUGGAUGUUGACAAGAUGGUAUGUGUGUAUAAGAGUACCUUCUGCACUGUUUAACGUGUUAUAUAGCGCCCAAGCCUAUUAACACUCUGGACUAUAGCUACACAUGCCAUGAUGUUAAAGGGUCUCCUUUAUAGAAUAUAUUACUGUUAACAGUUUAUUAAUGAUACUUAUUUGGUAUGUAGUGCUCUAUACUGAGAUAUGAUAAUUGAUGCCAUGGUCAGCAACCAAGAUUCUCUAAACAGCCACUACAAACUUGAAAUAACUUGAUAUUCUCUGGCCCUUUUGAAUUAGUUUUAGCCAGUAGUUCUGAAAGUAGAGCUCACGAGCUAAAAGUGGUCCCCGGAAAUGGCGUUCUACGUCACAUGUGCACCAGUUUUCAGACCCUUUGCUAUGAGACUCGAAAUUGAGCUCCGAUGCAUCCUGUUUCCAUUGAUCAUCCUUGAGCUGUUACUACAACUUGAUUGGAGUCCACCUGUGGUAAAUUCAAUUGAUUGGACAUGAUUUGGAAUGGCACACCUGUCUAUAUAAGAUCCCACAGUUGACAGUGCAUGUCAAAGCAAAAACCAAGCAAUGAGGUUGAAGGAAUUGUCCGUAGAGCUCCGAGACAGGAUAGUGUCGAGGCACAUUUCUGCACCAUUGAAGGUCCCCAAAAACACAGUGGCCUCCAUCAUUCUUAAAUUGGAAGAAGUUUGGAACCACCAAGACUCUUACUGAAGCUGGCCUCCCGGCCAAGCUGAGCAAUCGGGGGAGAAGGGCCUUGGUCAGGGAGGUGACCAAGAACCAAGGUGGUCACUCUGACAGAGCUCCAGAGUUCAUCUGUGGCGAUGGGAGAACCUUCCAGAAGGACAACCAUCUCUGCAACACUCCACCAAUCAGGCCUUAAUGGUUGUGGCCAGAUGGAAGCCACUCCUCAUUAAAAUGCACAUGACAGCCUGCUUGGAGUUUGCCAAAAGGCACCUAAAAGACUCAGACCAUGAGAAACAAUAUUCUCUGGUCUGAUGAAACCAAGAUUGAACUCUUUGGUCCGAAUGCCAAGUGUCACAUCUGGAGGAAACCUGGCAGUUUUAAGAAAAUACCAAUAAAAAAACAAAGCUACGACAUCAGUAUUGUCGCCCAAGUGGACCAGACAGGCUCCAAGUCCAGCAACCUCCUGGACUUGAAGAACCCCUUUUUCAGGUACACAGGCAGCACCCCCACACCCCCUCCUGGGUCGCACUACACCUCCCCCUCUGAGACCAUGUGGAACACUGGGGGGGCCUACAGCAUGAGCCAGGGCAUGGCUGUGUCAGGGAUGCCUACAGCCUAUGACCUCAGUACAGUCAUGGGCAGCGGCUCGACGGUGUCCCACAACAACCUCAUCCCCCUCGUGAACACAGGGAUAGUGAAUCACACCCACUCCAGGAUGGGCUCCAUCAUGAGCACCGGAAUCGUCCAGGGAGCUUCUACUGGCCAAUCAGGUCCUAGCAGCAGCAGCAGCUCUAACCAGCAGCAGCAGCAUUAUCCCGUCACCAACCAGUUCACCAUGGGGGGACCCGCCAUCUCCAUGGCCUCUCCCAUGGCCAUCCCUAGCAACACCAUGCAUUAUGGGAGUUAAGACCUCGUCACCCUUCACCUCCGAACCCCUGCAUGACCUCUACUAGCCCCUCCCCCUGACCGACCACAGCCAGAACCAGAAUACCAAAACCAGUGCUGUCGUGUUGUCCCUUCAGCACCUUCCUUUCUCCUUUACUGUCCAUCUCUCUAUCACUGGAGUUAUUCUCAUAUCCGUCCCUCCCCGCCGCUCUCUCCGCUUUGAGAGCUGUUCCCCAUCUCCCCCUCUCAUCAUCGUGCAGCAGCUAUGAUAUCACCAGUCCAGCCAGAGGGUGGCAGCACCUCUACGUUCAACUGACAGACUGAUCAGCACAAAGAAUUGGCAGUUUUUCUGAAUGGAGAGCUGAACUGAACUUUGUUUGACUGGACCUUUUUAUGCUUUACAGACACAUGUACACCUACACAUACACAUUGAACACAGAGACUUUUGCUGCAAAGAAUAACUCAAUGCACACCUGUACAGCAGGUAUCAUCUCCUUUAUCCGGGUUCCCUCCCUCCCUCUCCCCCUUUUGGACAUUUCGCCUCCCCUUGUGCCAGUGUGAUGCCCCACCCUUCCUCCUCCUCCACCAAACACAAACCCAACCCCAUCCACUGCAGCCCGUCGCUAUCCCACCUCCCCUUAUCGCUGGAUUGGAUGUCCCCCACUACAGAUCUGCACUGAAAGGACAGGGGCUUUCCUGUACAGUAGAACACUAUGAACACCCCUCACUGAUGCCAUUUUGUUUUCAUAUCGAGGCACUUCUCCACCUGCCUGUAGAGCCUCUCUCCUUAAACGGCCCCAUUCCAGAGCGAUAGCUAGCUCCCCCAAGGUGUUUGUCUGGUCAUCCAUAGUGGUAGUCUUUAGCCCAGUAGACCUAGGCUAUCUCAAAGACACCCUAUUCCAUAUACAGUGCUCUACUUUUGACUAGAGCCACAUGGACAAAUUAAGUGCACUGUAUAGGGACUAGGGUGUCAUUUGAGAGGCAGCCUAGAUGUCAGUGUGUAGGAGAACGCUGUAGAACGUGAUCUUGAAAAACACCAACUCUGGAACUCUUGUUAGAACCUCACCUCCGAUUGAGGUAUGUUGUCCAAAGCCAAUGAGCUUCGAGGACACAGCAGCAGACCCGGCCCCCACUCCCCUUCAUAGCCAAUCAGGAUUGCAGUGAGCCGAUGGUAUUGGUGGAAGCAGGAUGAACCCACAAAGACAGACUGGACCAAGGACACUGAUGUUGGCCGUUGGAGCAGCUGAAUCCUAGUUUACAUUCUUCCCGGUUUCCUUUCCUUCAUUUUGAGACUGCGUUGGGGAGUUCGGAUAGAGGGAGUCACCUCUUUCCCUCCUCACUACCUACGAUAUAUCUAAACCUCUCCUCCCUCCUUUCCUGGGCAAGUCGAUUGCCCAACCUUCAAACAAAGACUUAAUGGACAUGUAUGCAUUGCUUCCAGUCACAAUUUGUGGGCUGAGUUUCAUUUUUUUUUGAUUUAGCAAGUUUUAUGAAGAGAAAAUGUCUUGCUAGUUUGUAGGGUUAACUUUUCAGUUGUCUUUAUUUGUUUUAUUUCUUUCACAGAAAAGCAACAAGUAUAAAAGGAGUAAAUUAAAUGUUGGUGGAGAAGUCCCCAAAAAAA